AUGUCGAAUUUAUUGCAGACCAGCUGGCCAUGGCCAUAUUCAACCGUUGAUCAAGUAUGUAUUCUUCAGGCUGACCAAGCAGUCGAAGUAUGCGACGAGUCAAAAGUAGUGCAAUACGUGAAUCGUGCCUACGAGAGUGUUACUGGAUGUCUGAGAGGAGAAGUCGUUGGUGAGCUCUCCUUUUUUUCAAAAUUUUUUUUCCAUCUUUUUCUCCGUUUUUGA